CGCCGCAAACUCGUCAAGAGGAAUCCUUCCUCCCACAACAACCAAGUCCAACUCCAGCAGCUAUACACGCCCUCAUCGUCGUCGGCCGCUACAAGCCCCAGACUCGAUGCUGCCUUUGGUCUCGACGACUUCUCCUCCCAGAGCAGACGCAGCUCCCACCACAGUCUGAGGCGCUCUCCUAGCUCUCCACACACUCGGUCCACGGCCCAUUCAGGCGCCUCCAUCGACGCUUCCUCUUCGCCCCUACGACACAACAACGGCAGCGGUAACAGCAACAUCUACUACCACCCUCAGCUACCUCCUCAUCGCUCCGACCUCGCUUCUCCUAUCGACUCCACCUCCUCCACCGCGCACCUCGCCCCCAACCCCAAUAACCUCGCUCGACAGCCUUCCGACGACCUCAUCGGCGCACCCUUUGACGGUGCCUCCAUCCUCAACCGACUAGACUCGUCCUCGUCCUCGUCCAAGGCUACCAGCGCCGCAUCCUAUCAGCUGCAGCCUACGCCGACCUCGUCGUCGGCAGCAGCAGGAGCGCCGCCAUCGUCGCUGUUCUAUCACAACAUCCCCCAGCCUUCGUCGUCGUCGUCGCCGGCGCACAACAGCAACCACCACCACCACUCCUCCUCCACUACCACGUCUGCCUUUGCCGGCUCCACGACCGACAAGCGCCUGCUGAGCCCCCGCCUCAGAGCAUCGGCUAGCUUCAGCAGCAUGGACCCGUCCGUGACGGAAAAGAUUCAAGGCGGCAGGCCCGCCGCGAGCCCCUCCAUUGGAGGCAGCAAGCGCUUCUCAGAUGACGGCAGCGCCGCCAGGGAUUUCAAAUCGGCUGUCCUGCGAAAGAAGUCGGGCCUCUCUGGCUUCGUCAACAGCCUCGUCGGCUCUCAGAAGAAGCCUGCCAUCUCAGCGCCUGACAACCCCGUUCACGUCACGCAUGUUGGUUAUGACAGCUCUACCGGCCAGUUUACUGGGCUUCCUAAAGAAUGGCAGCGGUUGAUCAACGAGAGUGGUAUCUCUGAAAAGGAGCGCAGAGAGAACCCCCAGACAAUGGUCAACAUCCUGCAAUUCUACAAGGAGACGACAGAGCGGCCACCCGAAGAUAACAUUGAGAAGUUCCAGGUCGCCCCCGCCGACCCUAGGCAGUUUGCGGCUUCUCCAGGUAUGUACGCGAACCACUACCAAGGGAGCUUCGAGAAUCCUCGCGCGCCGCCACCCGUGCCAGGGCACAGAAGCCAUGGGGGCCAGAAAGACCUUCAGCCUGUCCGGCCCGCGCCAAAGCCUCCCGUGUCCAUGAACAACAGGUCAUACGGCCAGCAGCCGCAGUCGCCCGGCUACGGAGCCAAGGAAUUGGGCAUCGGCAUGCCUCAGCAGCAGCAGGAAGACCAGCAACCGCAAAGCUACGGGUCUAGGGUGGAGAAGCUGCUCUCGCGGUCCAGCUCGCGGGCCAAGGCUGCCGCCGCAGCCUCCGCAGCCUCCGCCGCCGCAUCCCCUUCGUCACCGUACGGGCCGACGAGCCCGUCGCAGCCCAGCAUCUACCAGCAGCAACUAAUGCAGCAGCAGCAAGAGCAGGCUAUGGCGCAGGCGCAGGCAGCCAUGUCGGGCCAGAUUGGACGGUCGGCUAGUAAGCGGCAAGGUCCUCAGAACCCGGUGGCUCACCAGCAAGCAGCGGCAGCAGCCCAAGGAUACGGGCGACCGGUAGACGGCAACGGCGCCAGCCCUGGUGGCUCGUCUUCUGCACCUAGAUACCCGCAGCCGCCACAGCAGCAGCAGCAGCAACUGGCACAGCACCAGGCGAUGCAGCAGCAGCAGGCGAUGCAGCAGCAGCAGCAGCAGCAGCAAGCUGCGUCGACGGGCGGCGUAGGACCGCAGCCUCGGCUGAGGCAGAAGGCGCGGCAGAGCACAGCCAACAACAUGGACCUGGGGCAGGCUCUGCGGCGGAUCUGUUCCGAGGGCGACCCGCGCGAAAUCUACCGCAACUUCAACAAGAUCGGGCAGGGUGCGUCGGGCGGUGUGUACACGGGGUACGAGCGCGGGACGAACCGGCUGGUGGCCAUCAAGCAAAUGAACCUGGAGCAGCAGCCCAAGAAGGACCUCAUCAUCAACGAGAUUAUGGUGAUGAAGGAGAGCUCGCACCCCAACAUAGUCAACUUCCUCGACAGCUACCUCACGUCGGGUGAGCUGUGGGUCAUUAUGGAGUUUAUGGAGGGUGGCAGCCUGACGGACGUCGUCACCUUCAACAUCAUGACCGAGGGCCAGAUCGCCUCGGUGUCGCGCGAGACCCUCAGGGGCCUGCAGCAUCUGCACUCCAAGGGCGUGAUUCACCGCGAUAUCAAGUCGGACAAUAUCCUCUUGUCGAAUGAGGGAAAUGUCAAACUCACUGAUUUCGGCUUCUGCGCGACCAUCAACGAGGCGCAGAACAAGCGGACGACCAUGGUGGGCACGCCAUACUGGAUGGCGCCCGAGGUGGUGACGCGCAAGGAGUACGGGCGCAAGGUGGACAUUUGGUCGCUAGGCAUCAUGGCCAUCGAGAUGAUUGAGGGAGAGCCGCCGUACCUGACCGAGUCCCCGCUGCGUGCGCUGUGGCUCAUUGCGACCAACGGCACGCCCAAGAUCAAGGACGAGCAGAAUCUCUCUCCCGUGUUUAGGGAUUUCCUGCACUUUGCUCUCAAGGUCGAUCCCGAGAAGAGGGCUAGUGCUCAUGAUCUGUUGAGGCACGAAUUCAUGAAACAAUGCGUCGACCUCCAACAGCUAGCACCCCUCGUCCGAGCGGCGAGGGAACAGAGGGCAAAGGAAAAGGCAGGGAAGGCGUAG